AUGAUAAAAGAUAGCAAAAUAAACAUUUAUUAUGGUAAGAACUACCCAUUUUUAUGUAGAACUGUAUUCAAUAUAUACCAGAAUAAUAUUAAAAAAAAAACAGCCAACAAUCUGAACGAUAAAAAAAUCAAAGAAAUAUGCGUAAAUUUUAUAAAUGACAAAACAGUCGUAGAAGAUAUAAAAGUCGAAUUUGUAAGAAAUACUGUAUCUGAUCAAACUAGAAAAAACACUAAUACUAAUAAUAGUGUAACAAGUAGUGAUAAAAUUUUUGCAAUAAAUCUCGAUUUUUUAUUAAAAACAAAUUUAUACUAUUUUACAAGCUAUAGAGAAAAUAUUAAUAGGAAUAUAAUAACCAAUGUAUUUUUCCAAGCACAAUAUAAUGAAUGGAUUGAUUUUUUACGAAAUAAAGAUAUCGAAAAAAAUAUAAUACCUAUAUGUGAACAUAUUAACAAACAUUUAUAUCUUAACACAUUCUUAUCUUUUCAUUAUUUAACACUUUCUGAUAUAUAUAUAUAUUAUGAAAUGCACAAAUAUUUCAGUGGUAAUAUAACUACGAAUUUAAAAUAUCCAAAACAAUAUAAAAAUAUUAAUAGAUGGUUUAGGUUGAUCAAAGCUUUAUUACAUGAUCAUGUAGCCACAGAUGCUGAAUUAAUACAAAACUUGAAAGUAAAAGAAAAAAUAUUCAAUACAGCAGGUUCUGGUAAAAGGUUAGGAAAUAAUGGAAACAAAUAUUCUGCCCAUUCAGAUCACACUAAUACAAAAGGAGGCGCAACAUCUUUGUCAUCUUAUGAAGGAAAAUUGCAAAAUGCAGAAAAAGGGAAAGUUGUUACUCGAUUUCCACCUGAACCAUCAGGUUAUUUACACAUUGGGCAUAUAAAAGCUGCAUUUUUAAAUAAUUAUUAUGCAAAUAUUUAUGAAGGAAAAAUGUUGCUAAGAUUUGAUGAUACAAAUCCAGUUUUAGAGGAUGUAAAAUUUGAAAAUUCGAUUAUAGAAGAUUUAGAAACAUUAAGUAUCAAAUAUGAAAAAAUAAGUUAUACUUCAGAUUAUUUCCAAUUAUUAGAAGAAUAUUGUAUCAAACUUAUAAAAAUGAAUAAGGCAUAUGCUGAUGAUACAAAUGUUGAUGAAAUGAGAAAUCAAAGAGGGGAAGGCAUUGAAUCAGUUAAUAGAAAUAAUUCUAUUGAAACUAAUUUAAAACUAUUUGAAGAAAUGCGUAAUGGUACAGAUAUUGGUAAAAAAAAUUGCAUUAGAGCAAAAAUAAAUAUGUCCAGUAAAAAUAAAUGUAUGAGAGAUCCAGUAUUAUAUAGAUGUAUAAUUGAUAUACCACAUCAUAGACAUGGAUUUAAAUAUAAAUGCUAUCCAACUUAUGAUUUUGCAUGCCCUAUUAUAGAUUCAAUUGAAGGUGUAACACAUGCACUAAGAACUAAUGAAUAUAGUGAUAGAAUCGAACAAUAUAAUUGGUUUAUAUAUACAUUAGAAUUAAGAAAUGUACAUAUAUAUGAAUUUAGUAGAUUAGCUUUUGUUAAAACUGUUAUGUCUAAAAGAAAAUUAAAAUGGUUUGUUGAAAAUAAUAUUGUUGAUGGAUGGACCGAUCCGCGAAUGCCAACCAUAAAAGGAAUAUUAAGAAGAGGUUUAACAAAAGAAGCAUUAUUUCAAUUCAUAUUAGAACAAGGCCCAUCAAAAGCUGGAAAUUUAAUGCAAUGGGACAAAUUGUGGUCUAUUAAUAAACAAAUAAUUGAUCCUAAUAUUCCUAGAUUUUCAUCUGUUGAUAUGAAUAAUGGAGUUAUCUUAAAAUUAACUGAUUUAAAAGAAAAUGAAAUUAUUGAAAAAACUCGAGAUUUACAUGUAAAAAAUAAAAGUUUAGGCACAUGCACUAUGUAUUAUACACAACAAAUUUAUAUCGAAUUAGAAGAUGCCCAAAUGAUAGAAGCAAAUGAAGAAAUUACUUUAAUUAAGUUAGGUAAUGUUAUUGUUAAGGAAAUAAUUAAAGAUACAGAUAAUGUUAAUAAAAUAAAAGAAAUUAUUGCUGUAUCUAAUUUUGACGGUGAUUUUAAAACUACAAAAAAAAAAAUUCAUUGGUUACCUUAUAUUCCUGAUAAAUUAAUUAACUGUACUUUAUAUGAAUAUGAUCAUUUAAUAACUGUUGAUAAAUUUGAAAAUGAUAAUAAAGAAGAUUGGACUAAUUGUAUUAACCAGAAUAGCAAAUUUGAAACAGUAGCAUAUGCCGAACCUGCUUUAAUUGAUCUUAAAGUUUCUGAUAAAUUCCAAUUUGAAAGAAGAGGAUAUUUUAUUGUUGAUAAAAUAACUGAAAAUAAACACUUCCAUUUAAUAAAAAUACCUGAUGGGAAAUCAAAGAAUAUGUCUAUUAUAUCUACUAAAGUAAAUCCACAAAAUUUAUCUGGAACUAAAAAAUAA